AUGAUUAAUAAUGAUAAAUGUCUCUUUUAUUUUAAUGCAGAUGAUGAGGUUGACUCGCAGCAGAGAACAGGGGGGGAGGAAGGAAACUCUAGUGUAGGAACACCUCCAACUAAACGCAAAGGCAAGUUCUUCAAGGUGGGAAAAAUCUUCAAGCCCUGGAAAUGGAAGAAGAAGAAGCCCAGUGACCAGUUUGCUGAAGCAUCUAUAGAUUUGGAAAGAAAACUUUCUGUCAGGAGAAGUCGACAAGAACUAAUUGCCAAAGGGGUUUUAAGGGAGGUGACUGAAAAUGAAAACGCGGAUGUCAAAGUUCCACCAGUGAAAAAUGGGCACCCGGUGCCAAUGGAUGUGGAUAGAGUGUCUGAAAGAAGACUUUCCAGAGGGGAAUCGGACAUAAUCAUAAAUUUCCCGAAAGGCCCUCAAGGAGAAGACCGUCGGAGCAGAAUACCUUCUGACGCUUCCAGAAGUAGCCGGGCUCCUCUAGAUGUAGACUCUUAUGCCAGGUUACCUCUGGAUGUGGACAGACAGAGUCGUGUCCCCUCAGAUUUAAAUAGAACUUUACCCAGAGGAGCUACACAAGACGACCGGUACCACAGAGACGAGAGGAGAGACCCCAGAGAUGACAGAAGGAAGGACAAGGACGACAUGGACAGAAAGGACCGGCGAGAGGAAAAAGAGAAGGAUCGAGAAUCUGACUACAAAGCUGAGAGAGACUUUAGAGAAAAGCGUGACUUAAGAGACGAUCGCGACAGAAGAGGUGAAAGGCCAGAUAGGGAUGGUAGGGAUCGUGAUGAGAGAGAACGUAGAGAUGAGAAAGAAAAGAGGGAUCGCAUUGAGAGGGAUAGGAAGGAUCGAGAUAGAGAUGAAAGAGAGCGCAGGGAUCGAAACGAAAAGGAUAGCAGGAGGAAUGAGAAGGAAACAGGGGGCUGGGACGAGAAAGAGAGGAGGGAUCGUGGUCCAGAUGAAAAGGAACGUUGGAAUGGAACACUUGACCGACAUGAGAGGGAGAGGGGGGAUCGGCAUGAGAGGGAGCGGGGAGAUCGGGAUGAGAGGGAGCGCAGGGAUCGGGAAGAGAAGGAGCGCAAGGAUCGGGAAGAGAAGGAGCGCAGAGAUCGGGAAGAGAAGGAGCGCAAGGAUCGGGAAGAGAGGGAGCGCAGAGAUCGGGAAGAGAAGGAGCGCAAGGAUCGGGAAGAGAGGGAGCGCAGGGAUCGGGAAGACAGGGAGCGCAGGGAUCGGGAAGACAGGGAGCGCAGGGAUCGGGAAGACAGGGAGCGCAGGGAACGGGAAGACAGGGAGCGCAGGGAACGGGAAGAUAGGGAGCGCAGGGUUGUAGAUGAAAGGGAAAAGAGAGAGCGUGAUGACUUUGACAGAAGGGACAUAAGAGACAGAAGAGAUGAUAAAGAUCAGCACUUUGAGAGGGAAAAGAAAGAGAAGAGAGAUGAAAAAUUGAAAGAAGACAAAGAGCGAAAAGAUGCUCGGGUAGACAGAGAUAACAGAGAGAGGAGAGAUGACUGGGCUAAAAGAAAUGAAAAAGAGCUGAGGGAUGAUCGUGCGAGGCGUGAGGACAAAGGCAAGAAGGAAAAACUGGUGGAAGAGCGGCGUCUGCCUGUCAGGCCGUUCUCAGAGGUGGAACUGCGGCCUCCCUUAGAAAAGAGCUCAUCAGAGGAAGGAAACCGACCUCGGCCGAUGUCGGAGGUCAAUCGAAUAACCACACUGCCCAGAUACUUCUCCCCUACGGAGUUGCAAGAACACUCAGAGUCCGCUGGUAUCUUCACCCCCAACCCUCGUCCACCACCAGACUCCAAACAGGAGCCUCCCCCGCCCAAGCAGGCUUUGCUUCCACCCAAACCCCUCCCCAGUCUUCCUCCUGACUCUAAAAGAUAUGCAAACCCACCUUCCUCCUCCUCCUCCUCCUCCUCCUCUUCGUCGUCCUCCUCCACUAAUGAAGUACCAAUCUCCAAGCCGCCCAGGACAGUCUCUCUAAUAACGGAGGACUUGCCUUCCCUCCCCAUUCCCCUCCCCAUUCCGGCUGUCUCCACAGCUGACUCUAGUAUCCCUCCCCCUGUUCCUCCCCAUGCCAAGCAGCCCCCCGUCCCUCCACCUAAACCCACCAACCGCAACAGCAACCCUCCACUGCUUGGUGAGUGUCUUUCUGUUGUACAAAGCAGCUGUCUGCGUUUCUGUCACAGAUUUUGUUUUCAUUUUUUUCACUAUUUGUUUGAAUAUCCAAAAUAAUUGUAGAGUCCAGGAUUUGAACCACUGGCCAACCCAUAGGAAGAUAGAC